CAUAUGAUUGUUUGACAAAUAGACGGUGGUGGAAUGACAUGGAGUUGGUGUUGAAGGCUAUCACACCAAUAUUUUUAGUACUUUGCUUCACUGAUCAGAAAAAGAAUGGAACUAUAUCUGGAUUCCUUCCGAAGAUGCUAAAUGCAUUAGAUGAAAUACGUGCUAAAUUAGGUCAUAAACCAAAUCUCCUAGAGAGGUUGACAGAAGUAAUCAACAGGAGACUUAAAUAUCUUGUCAAUGAAACUCUCAUGCUUGCAACUGCUGCACUUGAUCCAGAAGCCCUGUACAGGACAAAAUUUGCACAAAAGCCAAGUUCUAGAUUUGCUAUAACAUUGGUAUUAAAGAAGAUCGCAGGAUCACCUUCGAAGGCAGCGGUGUAG